AUGGCACUUUUUGAGUGUAAAGUCUGCAAUGAGAAUUAUUCAGAUGUAGAUGAAUCUCAUGUUCCAAGAGUCUUAACAUGUGGUCACUCAAUUUGUCAGAGCUGUGCGGCCAAACAAAUGUCGAAUUCAUUGAUUUUGUGUAAAACAUGCCCUGAAGAAACAAUAACAAAAGUCCGAGAUGGAGAUGUUCGGAAUCUGCAGAAAAAUUUUGGUCUGAUGCAGACUAUAGAGAUGUUUCAACAGGAUCUACCACUAAAAUGCAAAGAGCAUCAAUAUAAUCUCGCGGAGUUUGUAUGUAUUGAGCCCGACUGUCCCUCAAUCGACAAGUCGAUGUGUCGGGCUUGUGAAGAGUUUGGAGUUCAUACAGGUCAUGUCAUGAGGGGAUGA